AUGCCGCUUUACCCUGAGAGCAAACUGCUAGACAUGGGGACCCAGGUCGUCAGCAUCAGCGUUGGCAAAAAACCCGACCACGAAGAUUUCACGGUUCACGAGUGGCUCAUCCGAGAAUCAUCAACCCUAAUCCAUGCGACCUUGCUAUCGGAUCAAAGCGAACGCAAAGAACGAAAGAUCUCUCUCCCGGACUACAAGCCGAAAGACUUCAAGAUCUACAUGCAAUGGCUCUACACCGAACGCGUCCUCAUGGAAUCCGGGCUCGACGAUGAUACACAGAUGAAUGCCAACUGUCAGAGUUUGAUCAAGGGCUACCUUCUUGGUUGUCACCUCGGCGACGAGAUGUACAGAGACACAAUAAUGGAUUUCUUACUCGAAUGGAAUUACCAAAUAUGUACCUACUACUGCCAACGGCCGAUCUUUGAAAACGUCAAAACCGUGUUCGACAGCACAGAGCUCGGCGAUCCACUUCGAAAAUUCAUGGUAGACUUCACUGUCUGGAACGCAAGCCAUGAUUUCUGGGUCAAGAACUAUGAGGACUUUCCCGAACACUUUGUCGCAAUGGUUUCGAUCGGCCACUCUUCCCGCUCUCACUACGGCGGCGAUCCUCCCAUCUCCUGCGUGAAGAAGAGACCUUGCUUGUACCACUGCCAUACAGACGAGACUUGCUACAAGAAGAGGUUGGAUAGGUAA